AUGGAGAGGUACUCUCACCUGAGGGUCAUCGGGGAGGGCUCUUUCGGUCGAGCUGUGUUGGUCCAGAGUAAAAUAACUCAGGAAAAACUCGUGAUCAAGCAAAUCCAGCUGCCAAAGAUUCAGUCCAAAUUGGACAACUCUCUGAGAGAAGCCGUCUUGUUGUCCAAAAUGAAGCAUCCUCAUAUCGUGGCCUUCCGGGAGGCUUUUGAAGUGGAUGACCUCCUUUGCAUUGUGAUGGAACACUGCGGAGGGGGGGAUCUGCUCCAGAGGAUUCAGCUGCAGAAAAACACUCAGUUCGGGAUUGAAAAUAUUUUAAAGUGGUUUGCCCAAAUGUGUGCUGGGACCCAGUAUAUCCACGAUAAGAAGGUUUUACACAGAGAUAUGAAGUCCAAGAAUAUUUUCCUGACACAAGAUGGUCAGAUCAAACUUGGGGACUUUGGCUCUGCCUGCAUUUUGAACAGCUCUACGGCGUAUGCUCAUGCCUAUGUGGGAACGCCGUACUAUGUGGCUCCAGAAAUCUGGGAAAACAAACCCUACAACAAUAAGAGUGAUGUGUGGUCGCUGGGCUGUGUCCUCUAUGAGCUCUGCACCCUGAGACACCCGUUCCAGGCGCCCAGCUGGAAGAGCCUGAUUCUGAAGGUGUGUCGGGGCGCGUACCCUCCGCUUCCCGGCCGCCUCCCCUACGAGCUGCAGCACUUAGUCCGGCAGAUGUUUAAGACCAACCCCAAGGACAGACCCUCCGUGCACACGAUCCUGAGCUCUCACCGGGCCUCCAGGCUCCUGCGCAAACAUUUGCCCUCACAGGAUAUAGACAACCAGAAAGAGGGGAGGCGUGCAUGCCGGUGGGACAGAGAACAAGGAGAGAAAGUGGCUACUUUUCUGGGAGAGAAGAGUUUGAUUCACACGUCGACAUUUGAAGCCAAUGCUGUGCCUGAAGGCACCGCUGGACCCCCAGAGUCCUGCCCUCGAAAGCAGUGGCUGAAGGAGCCCCCGGAGGCUGUGCUCCAGGCAUUAGCCGGUGCCAGUCUGCUGUCGUUCCCCAGCCAGACGCUGGCCGGCCCCUCCCCAGGUGUGUCAGAAACGUCAGAAGACAGCAAGCAGAGGAGAAAAUGGGAGAGGGCCCCCCCCGAGAGGCUGCUGGGUUUCCUGGAGAAGGCCCAGCUCAACAGAGCCUUCAGUACCUUUCUGAUCAGUAGAGGAGACGUCGACCCUCUGGUGGGACCCCUCUCUCAGGCCCAGGGCGACGACCCUGAUGGUCCUGAUCCAGAAGUGGAGGCGGAUGAGUCCAGACUGCUGCCCCGCUCUGAUGACGAGGACACGGACUUUGAGGAAGAAUCUCUAUGUGACUGGAUGGAUGAAGUUGAGAAAAUGUUUCUAAAACAAUAA